GUGAGGUGAUUGCAAAGGGGCUAAGAACUAGAGUGGUACACCUCACAUAUAAAACGAAGCACCACUCCCAACAUUUAUUUCAGCAAUUACAACAAUAUCUAUCCUCUAAUCCAAACCCAUCUUUAUUCUUAGCUACUUUCUCAUCUUCAUCCACUUCGUCCUGAAAAUUAAAAAUGAACAAAGUAGCCUUAGCGUUAGUCAAUACUCUUCUAGGAUUAUGUUACCUUAACAUUAGUGUUCAUGCUUUUGUUGCUUCUGGAUGGCAAAAGGCUCAUGCCACUUUUUACGGUGGUGGUGAUGCUUCUGGAACCAUGGGAGGGGCUUGUGGAUAUGGUAACUUGUACACUGCUGGGUAUGGGACUAGGACUGCAGCUCUUAGUACUGCAUUGUUCAACGAUGGUGCUUCAUGUGGGCAAUGUUACAAGAUCAUGUGUGACUAUAAGACGGAUCCCCAGUGGUGCAAGAAGGGAACAUCGGUCACUAUAACCGCAACAAACUUCUGCCCUCCAAACUAUGCAUUGCCAAACAAUGCUGGAGGUUGGUGUAACCCUCCUCUUCAGCACUUUGACAUGGCACAACCUGCCUGGGAGAAGAUUGGUAUCUACAGAGGUGGAAUCAUUCCUGUCAUGUUCCAAAGGGUACCCUGCAAGAAGCAUGGAGGAGUGAGAUUCAGCAUAAAUGGAAGGGACUACUUUGAACUUGUAUUGAUUAGUAAUAUAGCUUCAGCAGGAUCAAUCCAAUCUGUUUUAAUAAAGGGAUCUAAAACUAACUGGUUGGCGAUGUCAAGAAAUUGGGGGGCUAACUGGCAGUCAUUAGCCUACCUUGAUGGACAAUCACUCUCCUUCAGAGUCACUAUCACUGAUGGCCAAACCCAAGUCUUUAACAACAUUAUUCCUGCUAAUUGGCAAUUUGGUCAAACAUAUUCCAGUCGUUUACAAUUCCAUUAAUACUAUAAGGAUCGCGCUUAUGCAGUACAUGAUCAGUUUGUGGGUUGAAAUUGUUGAUAGGCAGAGGCGUGCUCAUUGCUUUUUCGCCAUUGAAGCAGCCCGCCAAAUCUAUCAUUUGUAACAUAUUAAGCGGCUUCAAUUAUAUCAUUUCGGAAGAUUGGUGGUUCAUUACGGAAGUGGGGAAUCCAUCAACUGGAGGCUACUGCUAGUGAAAAACAUGGGAAUUUUAAGUUAAACCCAUUUAAUAGUGUUAUACAUAUUAAGUUCGAAGAUGUUUUUUCGUAUCAAAUAAGAAACCAACCGAUAAUUUUUGGUUGCUUUCACCACCCUAUAAUUCUAUAAAUAUCUUUUGUAAUUUCUUUUGGUUUGUUAUGUGUGAUCAGUUGUAGUAGAUUCUUUUGUUUUUGAAUUUAGGAUCUUGUUUUACCGUACAAUGUUUUAUGGAACGGAGGGAGUAUAAAAAAUUACUAAAAUUAACGGAGGGACUA